AUGUCUUCUUCACCCGACUGCUCAACUACGACUGCUUCUGUGCCUCUACGGAGGGUCGGCGACACGGUCUCCCAUGAAACUGGAGGACUCGCUACCAAGGCUGAUCUUGACGAGGUCAAAACGAGCAUCGAUCAGCUCAAGGCCGAGCAACAAGUGAUGAAGUCCCUGCUCAUCCAAAUACUGCAAGCUGGAACUGCUGCGCCACGCGCUGUACCAGAUCGCGCAGCUCCAACGGUCCCUACGUGUGGUCUCAAAGUCAGUGAAGAUUCUGCAACAAACGUUCCAUCUGAGACGCAGACCAACGAAGAUCACUCCAAUCGCUACAGCUUAGAUGUGGAAGAUGUGCGUGCGGCGCCUGUAGCCUCCGUGUCCGAAGAGCAAGACGUACCGUCUUCCUACCAGUCUGCGUAUGCUGCAACUUUCGCCGAGCCAGCAGCCCAGGCAACUAACGAAAACUCUCCUCCAAACGCAUCUACACCGUCAGCAAGACCAGCGGAACCAAGCGCGCCUACGCUUAACGAAGAGACGGUCUCCGCCCAGGCCGCUGCUCAAGCUGAAGAAGACGCACUGUCGGAUGAGGAGUUGAGGGCACUUCGGCCGCUUCGUCAACAAUCAACACGUCUUCUCUGCAUCAGUGAAGAUUUUCGCUUUAAGACUCUGGUCGGCUUAUACUACGCUCUCAAGUCGAGGAACCCAGCUCAAUCGUCAUCCCGGACCCGCCUCCCCGAGAGCCAGCUGAUCAGCAUGGCGCGCUAUGCAGAAUUCGACAUUCUUCGAGCCAUAGAUCGAAGGCUCAUAAGGAGGCAAUUGGCCUCGGUCCCAUCUCUUAUACUCAAUGAGUACUCAACUGGUCGGCAGAUGAUGUGGAGCAGCUUCAUAUAUAGCAGCAACUUCUCCGCGCUGAUCCAUAGAUAUCAGCGGUCCGUGCGUGAUAUUCUGAGGCAGAGUAGACGAGUCACUCGGUCGCAGUCUCCUCAGCAGAUAGGAGCUUUCGUCACCGUUCCUCGUGGCCGGGCUGGAUACCGCUAUCGAUCCGCGUCGAGGUCUGCGAGCGCGGAUUAUGGCGGUCAGGCACCAGUGACUGGUUUGGAUCAGGGCGUGAACCAGCCGGCGACAAGUAACAGCGACUUCUCCUUCCCGAGCGCUCCUACACGAGUUUCCUUCUCGAUGACACCUGGUUCGCUCGUGGCGUAUAGCGAUAUGCUUAUGGAGGCUGAUUUGGCCCUCCUCAAAGAGCCCACGUCGGCCAAGCCAUACAAUAUCAAGCUCGCCAAUGAACUUCGCGGCGGUACUCUCGUUGAGUUCUACGACAAGCUCGUGGAGGCCAACAGCUUGGUAUCUCGCCUCAAGUACGACGAAGACCUUCAGCAUGCGCUUAUUGAAGUCUACCAAAGAACGGGCAUAGCGCCGUUCUGGACCGAUUACCUACCGCUUGAUACUCAGGAGCUGAUGAGGCUAACGAAGCAAAUCGAAGACGAUGCUUUUCGCCGCCUGCUAAUGGACGUGCGAAGUGGGAAAGCCGAGGUUUCCCAUGAAAAUGCGUACAUUCGAUUGACGGCGAGGUACCGUCCGGGAACCGAUGCCAUAGGUCUUAUGGAGUUUGCAAGCAAGGCUGCGAAGUUUCUCGACCGGAUGGAGACGUAG